AUGACCAAGGUCAACAUACUUUUCGGCGUCGUUGAAAGAGGAAAGUCUGACACGAAGGCCAGAACCACCAACAUCGCAGCCAAGGCAGAUUGGGAGAGCACCUUCUUCUGCGACCUUCCAUUCGUUAAUCUUCUUGAUGAGUUCGAUGUCGAAUAUCUAGAGAAAUAA